AUGUCAAAGUGGAACUUAAAUUUAGAUUCUUCAUCUGAUGAAGUUGUUGGUGAGCAAUUAUCUCUGAGUCAUUUAAAGGUUGAUGAAGUCCAUAAGCCAAACUUUUGGGACCACUCGCCACCAACCCUACUGACCUUAGGUGCCCCUGGGGUGGAAAAUCAUGUGCCUAAGUUUGGAACUACAAAUUACUCAUCAAGUACUCAAUCUGAUUCUCAGCAGCCACAACAAAGAAAGAUUAUGACAAGACCUUGUCAUAAAAUCCUAGAUAGGGAGUCAAAAGGGAAAAAGAGAAAAUGUGGAGAAGAUUUAGUGUCUGAAUUUGAUUACUACUCUUGUUAUUAUCAGGCUAAUGGAAGUGGGUUGACAUCAAGAAGGAAUGAAGAUGGUUUGCAGCAAUGUUCUAAAGCAAGUUCUGUUGAAAUGCAUAAAAUGAGUGAGAGGAAACGUAGAGACCGGAUUGCAAAAAAGGUGAAGGCUCUGGAGGAACUAAUACCCAAUUGUAACAAGGUGAUGUCAAUGGAUGGAUUUCCAGCAUGGCAUUCAACAUCCACUCUACUAGCUGCCAGAAACCAAAUAAUGCAGAGCACUCUACAAUUUAAUCCUUACGUGCCAGUAAUGCCAAGGAUAGCAUUUGACUCCUAUUUUGGUUUUGGGACAUCUAUUAAUUAUAGCAAUAUGCUUUCCCCCAAUUUGUUCCCAAUGAUGCCUCUGCCUUCCACGGGCAGUCACUUUCCAUUUUUGCCCCUUGCCUCCAUCACAAGAAAAACUUAG